AUGGCGGCUCCCGUUAGAUUAAAGACAAGAUCAAAUACAAUAGCAAACAACACAACUAGUUUUCAGAAAAAAACCCGCAGCAAACUAGUUUCUAUCCCUGGAACCAGACCGUCUGUACAGAACGGACAGCUCUUAGUGUCGUCUGGCGUCAGCUCGCUUGACUACGUGAUUGGUGGUGGCCUUGCAGUUGGAACUCUGCUGCUUGUAGAGGAGGACCGCUAUGACAGCUACUCCCGCAUGCUGCUCAAGUACUUCCUGGCAGAGGGAGUUGUGUGUGGACAUGAACUCUUCCUGGCAUCCGCCCGAGAUCUCCCUGAUGAUAUCAUGCAGGAACUGCCAUCUCCAAUUGUGGAUGACGUUGCCGGCAUGAAAAUCAGCGAGGGUCAAUCUCAGCCAAGUGACCCAGAGAAUCCAGACACAAUGAAAAUCGCCUGGCGCUACCAGAACCAACCCAAAGUUCAGACUGCUUUGGCGUCAUCAGUGAGGUUUGGCCAUUAUUAUGACGUGUCCAAGACCAUGGAGCCUGAGCUACGGCAAGCAGCCAAAUGCCACAGUUUUUAUCAGCUACAGGAAACACCAGUAGCCACAGGAUCAAGUCCGUUACCAUCACCCUAUCAUGCUCUCCUAAAGUCCAUCCAGACGGUCAUCCGGAAAGAAGGGUUUGACGGAUCCACACCACAGUCUAAGGUUCGGAAUGUCCUGCGGCUGGGUCUUCAUUCCUUGGGAUCAGUGCUGUGGGGGGAUGAUGUGUGCUGUAAGGAUAACCCCGCCCACUGCCACGCCCUCACAACCUUUCUCUACAUCCUCCGAGGCCUGUUACGCACAUCACUCUCGGUCGCUAUGGUGACCGUACCAUCCCACCUCAUACAGAACAGAGCCGUAAUGGGCCGAAUAAUCAGACUGAGUGACACAGCCAUUGCUCUGGAAUCAUUCAAAGGCUCGGAGAAGGAGACCAACCCACUUUACAAAGACUAUCAUGGUCUCCUGCAUGUUCGUCAGUUGCCCCGUCUGAACUGUCUGUCGUGUGAGGUACCUGAUACGAAAGACUUGGCCUUCAAACUCAAGAGAAAGCAGUUCACAAUUGAGAGACUGCAUUUGCCUCCAGACCUGUCAGAGACGGUGAGUCGAGUGAGUAAAACAGAACUGGCAGCAGGAUGUGGCAGCACUGCCACGGGCAACAAGCACCUAGAUUUCUAGUGUAUUCUCAUUCCUCCUGCACCCUCCGCCUCCCAGUGAUGUUCAAGGGCAGGAGAGCGCUGGAGCUCAGCUACGCCAGCACUAGGAUACGGUCACACCUGCACUGACACACUCACUCUCAUUAUUAGUGAAUGAGAGUAAGAUGGUGCAACGUUUAGUAGUUACACAACAUAGGGAAACUUACAAGUGAUGUCCAGUGUCACAAAAACCUGACAAGUACCAGUUGCUGUCUUUGGCUAAAGCAAGGAUGUGAUGCAAAUAACAAUAACAUAGUUUGGCUACCAGUGUCAUUUCAGUGCACUUCAUGGCUUCCUGAUGUUUAUCAGCUUAGUUAGCUAAUAAAUAUUUGGUGUCAAUAAAGUUUCUAAAAAAGAGAAGAGAAAAAAAAGUAAAAUAUGUCAUGUUUUUAUUUAACGUUCAAAACAACCUUUGUGAUGGAAUUUUUUUUUAACCCUCCACUCCAGUCCAAAACUCUACAAGCUGUAUGAUUAUUUCAGUUUCAUAAUGUUGCUCUGUUCGGGACAUAAUUAAAGCAGAAAUAUUUUUUAUAAUAUAUAUAUACUUUCCUGGCAUUUUGAUGAAAACACAAAAAAUUAUCCCCAAAAUUAUCUGUA